GGUAUAUUUAAAGGAUGAGAACCACUGUGGAAGCACGAGAUUUGUAGUAUUUCAUCAUUCGGUAUACACUUUCGUUGAAAUCUUCCUUAAAUCAUGGCUUCGAUUACAAUACCGGUAGCAAUGAAAUUAGUUCGUUUCACUACAGAUACCAUGUAUCAAAUUAACAAAAAUUCAUUACUUAGGUUAUCUCGAACAUCAUAUACUUUUCCCUGGCAAAAGCCAAGAUAUAGUACGGUGACAGAAGAAAAAAAGAACGAGGGAGAUGCACCAGGAACACCGUUGCAGGAACCAACGGCGGCUGAAAAAAAGUGGAAAGAAGAAAUUGAACUUCUUAACAAAGAGAUAGUAGAACUUAAGGAAAUCAAAAAUACAUUUGAAGAUAAAUAUAAGAGAGCACUAGCUGAUGGAGAGAAUCUUAGAGUUCGGUUGACCAAGCAAAUUGAGGAUGCCAAACUUUUUGGUAUUCAAGGUUUUUGUAAAGAUCUUUUAGAUGUAGCAGAUGUUUUGGGAAAAGCUACCGAAAGUGUACCUAAAAAUGAAUUAACAGAUAAAAAUCCACAUUUGAAAACACUCUACGAAGGUUUAAUAAUGACUGAAGCACAACUGCACAAGGUUUUCAAGAAGCACGGUUUGGUAUCUUUGAAUCCUUUAAAUGAAAAAUUUGAUCCGAACCAACACGAAGCAUUAUUUCAACAAAAAAAAAGAAAUGUAUUUAAUUUUUUUAGGAAGUGGAAGGGAAGAAGCCAGGAACAAUCGUAGUUGUAUCGAAGGUUGGCUACAAAUUACACGAACGGAUAGUUAGACCUGCAUUGGUUGGCGUAGCAAAAGGAUAAAUUUUCUAUAUUUAAAUUCCAUAAUGAUAGAUUAUAUAAAACUAACAAUUUGUUAAGUGAUGUAAAAUGAAAUGACAUAAUGCCGCAGUAAUUUAAGAUAGAAGGUAUUUAAUAGAUUUACACAACUUAAGAAUGUUAUUAAAAAUAUGUCGAGUUUA